GAGAACAUAUGGAAGUAAAUGAUCGAGUUCACAUGGUUCAGUUUUUAAAAAAAUCCUCUUUUGUAGUUCGUGUUGCUUAUAAUUAGAUAUAUAUAUAUCUAAAAAUAAAUAGUGUUAACGAAUUUCAUGUCCAAGUAGGCUUCAGUGUUUCUCCAGACGUGCUUAUUAUAUUUUGUUUUUGAGAUUUAUUUGUGGAUAAGUCGCGAUGGGUGAUAAUGAUGAGUCUAUAUUAGUGUUUAAACACAAAUAAACAACAAUUUCCUUACAAGUUUAACCUAGCCCCAUCUGGAUAGCGAUGAAGAACUAAUGUGUAGCAUAUGGUCGGCCAACAUUGUCGCAAGCACUUCGACUUUGUUGAAAGAAUAAGCCCCACCUACACAAUAUCUAACCUUGCUUGAGUAUACUUCAACCAUUGGACCAACAUGGGACUCAACCACCAACUUGACUAUAGAUGUUCAUCAUCUUUAACAUCGCUAUCCACCAACCAUGUUGGUCGUCUUAUAGCCCCUUUACAAAUGGUAUCGUUGUGAAAUGAUUUCUCAAAUAGGGGGCGCCUAAAUAUUUUAUCACCUUUUAAGUCUACUUUUUUUAGAAUCUUUGACAUGCCGAAUAGAAAAGAUUUAUACUCAUAUAAUAACAAAACUUGUUCAAAUUGCUUUUCUUAACUUCCAACGAUUAACAUAUUUCUUUCGAAUGUCUUAAAUGGCGUGAGUAUUCGAGCAACAGCUGUUAUAUUUACAAAAUUAAUGGUGUGAAUAGGAAUUGAUAAAUUUUAACUUCCAUUUUUACUUGGGGGUGUCAAAAUUUGACCAGUUAUGAAAAGGAAAAGGGGGAAGUGGCCUGUCGAUUGAUGUUCGAUGUCUUUUAGAAGUAUAAGAAGCAGGCAGGAGUCAUGUAUCUACCGGCUCAACAGGGCCGCUCUUAUGCGGAUGGAAGAAGGGAAGAGAAAGGCGAUGACAAGAGAAGAGGGCUACUAUGACAACGGAACAAUCUGCGUACAAGUGGUUAAUCCACGGCAUCAAUUCAUCGAAAGCAACUCAAUAAGGGAACAUGAAAUAUACAGGACUGAUGAAGAUUCGAUAGAAGAGGGACCUAAAUUAAGGACAAGUGCGAAACAUCAUAGAAGAAGGAAUAGAGAUAACGCUUCAAUAAAUUCGUGUAAGUCAAGGACAAGUCGUCUGGAUAAACCAAAAGGACAUUCUUCUUCCAAUAGGAAGUUGCGGUCAGCGAAUAGAAGGAAGACUAGCACAAUUAGCAGUAAGCUAUCUGAAGUUGAGGAAAAGGAAUGGAAUGCAAGAAGAACAUCAAUCGGGAGUAAAGUAAACAGAACAUCCGCCGUACAAAGACCGAAGACACCUGGUGCGAGGACACCGGGCGCGAGGACCCGACUGCCGAGGCCAAGAACUCCACAUUCUAGUAGUCAUUCCUCAGAUGAGCAGCUCCAAGAAAGAACAGGUUUACCUCAUAAGACUAACAGAAUAAACGAUCAUGGAAACGUUACAUGGACUUCUUCACCUCCUACAUCGUUUAUAGUCAAUCCUGUUGAGAAUAGAAAAAGUGAAGAAGAUAUAACAAUCCCAAAACCUACGUUACUGGGCUCAAUCAUGGUCAAACCUUCUAAGGAAGCUGAAACCGAACGAAAACCUGCUCCUGAUCUUAAACAGAGCGAAAAAAGAACGCUACAUAUGAAUCCCAAACAGCCUUUUGACGAAUCCCUCUUGGUUAAACAACAAAAAAUGAAUGACAUGCUGUAUGAGCAUUUAAAGAGAGUUUCAAGAGGGUCCUCCACCGAAGAAGUAGAUCACGAGAAAUCUGUUAGGAAGAUGGAAAAGAGGUGCGGCGAAAGGUCGAGCAGCCGGAAGAGGAGCGGACCGACCAGAAAGCUCCACUUCAAGCCGCUACCCUCCACGGUCACCGUCAGCUCCGACCAGGAGGAGGUCAUUUCCAAGUGGAGGAAGCGGCUGGGCACCAGUUCCCCGCCCGCGCCCAACUAUCACAAGAUCGGUUCGCCGAUCAUUGCCUCAUCCUUCCUCAGAGACUCUCAUAUCUUAAGGGUGCAAGGCGUACCCAAUCAAGGGGGUAACGAAUCGGACAUCAAGCCGGAAAAAGACCCUCCAGACAUUAGUUUGGAAAAUCUCAGAUUUGAAAGGAUGGUGAGAGCCAAGACUGGUAAAAGGCCUAACGAAGUUUUAUCAGCCAGUGAAGAAAACGAAAUUUUUCAAAAAAUGGAAAUGAUGAAGACUAAAAAACAGAUUCAUUAUCUUGAAGAAUUAGCACGUGCAAAGAUGGAAAAACUUGAAGCGAUUCAGUGGAAGAAGAAAAGAGCUUUGGAAGAGGAGGCGGUGUUGAAUGAUAAGCUUGAAAAACUUUUGUAUAAGAUUCAAGAACUUAGGGAAAGUGAUUCGUUCGCUAAGCUAUUAGACAAGCAAACUCAAGUUUUUUCAAUGAAGAGGACUCGACCGACCGCUAAAUGACCUUGUUUGUCAUUCAGCCCUCAAAUAUUUAUUAUUAUAAAGUUUACAUAAAUCAUUCUCGAUAUGAGACUGAAUUUUAGUGCCUUCCAGGAAUAAAUAGAAGAGGAUUGAUUACAUUGAUUGAUAACACCCCAAUCGAACGAUAACAUAAUAUUCUUUGGUAUUAUUUAAUUGGCAUAAAUUAACAACACCUGUUAUCUGGCUCCUUUAUCCUCAUAUCUUUAAAGGAUAGAGUAAUUUCGUUUAAACAUUGUAAAUCAUCUUUAUUUAAUAAAUAAAUUAUUAAAUCUUUAUUUAUAAAGUUAGAUAAAUAUUUGAAGAUGUAUGUUCAUCUUCCAGUCUCUGUUUAUGUUUGAUCACAGGUCACAACGACUGAAAUUGAAAUACAAAAAAUAUUUAACAAACAUU